UUAUUUCUUUGUGUUAAAAUGUCUGAUCUGUUUGUGUCAGUGAUGUACGUGUUUAUUUUGGACAUAGAGAAGUGAACUGAGAUCUCAUCAGCCUCUGAAAGAACUCAAACAUAUCUUUCGCGUCUGUACUCCAAUUUCUUGCCGACAUGUUUGACACUUUGUUGACUUAUUGUUUGUUCCAGUUCCAAGGGGUCAGAUGUUAUGACACUUCCUGACAGAUACAUGAACCCUCCUGCUCAGAGACGGCCGCGGAGAACUUACACUGCAGGAGGCUAGAACUGAUAAUGCAGCUCAUGGUGUCAGAGAACGGAUCCAUGUUGGAUUAUCCGAUUAUCAUUAUCUAAUACGGCAGUUUAACAGAGACAUGAAUAUGUUCAGGUUCAACGGUUUAGCUGCGAUUAUCUCAGCAGCUUUAGCUGAAGACUCUUAUAAUAGAACAUCCAGACCCUCCUGACCUUUUCACACCAGCUGCAGGAGCUUCUGAUUGUCUCGUGAACAGAGGGGAUCCUUCUUUAUUAGAGAUUUUAAUGUUGUUGCUCUGCAUCUAAGUUCCUCCACUGUCCUUCUCUUGACCAUCAUCCCAUCAAACCAUGUACCAAAUGUGACCACGUAAAAGAUCUUAUCUGAAUUUAAACAUCCAGUUUGGCUGAUCACAGCUGUGCUGCCCACAGAGUACCAAUCAGAUUCAUGAUUACAGAGGUCUAUGGCAUCUUCAUAACUUGACGAUGGGAUGUGUCAAAAACAGAUUUGAAUUUGGGAACUAACCACGUCUCCUGAACUGUCUGCUGUCUGUCUGACUGACUGUUCAGCCUUUAACCUGUUCAACGCGAGCGGAGCCCAACUGGGAUAUUUUUUGAGCUCCUAUGGAAACCUGUGGAAGUUAAAUAUAGUAAUUUUAAAUAGCACAGAUGGUGCCAAAAUGUGCCAAAUGUGCGAAACAUUGCACAUUUGGAGAUCCUGCCUGAGUACUCUGAAUUAAAACCUCUCUAACUUUUUUCUGAUUCACUUUCUUAGCAUAAAAGUUUGCAGUGGUGAUGUUCAGAUGUUUUGUGUUGGUUUGCUGGAGACUAUGAGCUGCGGCUGCAUCAUACAUCAGGGAGAUUCAUUCUCAAAUUGUGAUUUUUUUAAAGAAAAUCUUUAAUUUAUGCUGUGUGCCAUUUUAAAUUACUCAAAGUGCCACAUAUACAAAUACUUACACAUCUGAACAAACACUUCCGGUGUUUCCUUUAUCAUUCAAAUUGACCUCGUGGUUGCAGAGACACAAAAUAGAGGCUAGUUAGUAACAGGUUGAGAAAACUGCACCUCCAGUAAGUCUGAAGAGUAAAGACCAUAAGAAGCAGUUGUCAUCUAUCAGUUACCUCUGGAUAAAUGAAGAUUAUAUUCAAAAUGAAAUAGUUAAGUCGGACGAUCCGCUGGUGGUUUUAUAAUCUCCUGGAGUCGAUCCACCUCAGCCUCUGUUAUGUGCCAAGUCAGGUGACUGAUGAGAGGACGUGACCUCAGAGGCCAGGAUGAGAGCGGGGCAGGCGAGUCCUGCGACAACUUCACCGACCUCAACCUGACGCACUGCUUCAUGGGAACCAGCCUGUACGUCCGGCUGCUGCUCUACACCCGCUCCAACCUCGAGUGCGGCCGCGAGCUCAACCACCACCACCUGUCCUCGCAGCCGCUCUUCGACCUCUCCCGCCCCACCGCCUUUGUCAUCCACGGCUACCGGCCCACCGGAGCGCCCCCCAUCUGGAUCGACCACUUGGUCCACCUGCUGGCGGAGCAGGAGGACAUGAACAUCAUCGUGGUGGACUGGAACCAGGGCGCGGCCAACCUCAACUACUUCACCGCUGUGAUCAACACCAGGGAGGCGGCUCAGAACCUGACCAGCUUCAUCCUGACCAUGCAGGAGGAGGGAGCCCCUCUGAGCUCAGUUCACCUGAUCGGCGUCAGUCUCGGAGCUCACCUGGCCGGAUUUGUAGGAGCCAACCUGAAGGGGAAGAUCGGACGCAUCACAGGUCUGGACCCGGCGGGGCCCAUGUUCACCAGCGCCACACCAGAGGAGCGGCUGGACCCCUCAGACGCCAUGUUUGUGGACGUUCUUCACACCGACAUGAACUCGUUUGGACUGAGAGGAGCUCACGGCCACAUCGACUUCUAUGCAAACGGUGGAGCGGAUCAACCAGGGUGCCCCAAAACCAUCUUCGCAGGUAAAUCGUACUUCGUGUGUGACCAUCAGCGCUCGGUGUUCCUGUUCUUGUGCUCUCUGAACCGGACCUGCAGCCUCACCGGUUACCCCUGCUCGUCCUACAGCGACUACCUGGAGGGCCGCUGUCUUCAGUGUGAGGCCUUCAAGCCGGCGCCCUGUCCCGUGCUGGGUUAUGACGUCAGCCAGUGGAGGGACACGCUGCUGAAACUGGGACAGACCAAAGUGUUCUUCAGCACCACGGCGGCGCUGCCCUACAGGAAGCUGAGCUACAGAGUGGACAUGGUGACCUGGAACCAGUACCUCCGCUGGGGGGUCGUCUACAUCCGGCUGCACAGCGGCAGAAGCUUCACUGAGGCUCGAAUAGACCAUAAGCUCCUCCGGUUCGAGCAGUACACCUCCACGCGGCUGCUCGCCCAGUUCGACGAGGAUCUGCAGCAGGUCCAGAAGAUCUCUAUGCGCAUCAGCACCGGCAACGUGAUCGGACCUCGAUACAAAAUCAGACUCCUGCGGAUUCGCUUCACGCCGCUGGAUCAUCCCGAGAGACCGCUAAUGUGCCGGUUUGACAUCAUCAUGGAGGAGAACAUGGAGGUGGCGUUUCGACCUUUACCCUGCAACUCCACCCCCUGACCACACAGACUCCUCCUCCUCCUCCUCCUCCUCCUCCUCCUCUGGGAGCCACUGGGGACCUCCAGGGGCCACGAGAGGAGCUGCAGCCUCCUCACAGGAUGAUGACGUCACUGGUGUUGAGUUUAUUGGGUUAUGAGUGACUCACGCUAAGCUGUGAGAUUUUGAACCAGAGUGAUGAGAUUUCUAACGGGAUUACGGGAAUAAGCUGCAGCGGGAGAGACGUUCAUCACGGUGAGACAACAGUUCUGUUGUGGACGUUCAGUGUCUGUUGGAUCUCUGGCUGCAUUUUCACAAAAAAUCGUUUUGUAUGUAACUGCAGUGAAACUAAAAGUGUGUUCACAGGUUUUGGGAGAAAAGUAGUUUAAAGCCUUCGUGGCUCCAGAAGAAGCUGCAUGUAAUCUUUUUAACUAUAAGCUGCCUCCAGUGAGGAUCAGGUGAUAAUCACAACAUCUCCAGACUCCCCUCGCUGUUUGAACACACUGUUUACACCAUUUACACUCCAUUUAUGAAAGAAGAAACAUUUUAUUGAUCAUGUCACAUGUUAAAAGUACAGGAAACAGUAACUGACCGAUAUAAGCUACUUCUCGUAGAAGUCACCAGACUCCCUUUUCAAAAUUGCUUUAUUUAUUGAGUUGUUGAGUUAUGAAACACUUUAUAACUCUGUAAAAUUUGGCAUGUUAUAAAAUACAAAUUUUUUUCCUUGUUAAAAUUGUUGGUUUGUCGCAGCAUGUCUAAUAUUACAAAAUACAGGAAACAGUAACUAACAUAGGCUACUUUUUUGACACCUGUGGAGAAAGUCACCAGACUCCCUUUAAAAAUUACUCAAUUUAGUGAGUUGUUGGGUUGGAGAAACUUUAUAAACUUUGUAAAAUGCCGUCUCUGACAAAUUAUUAAUCAUCUGGGCCUUCUUUUAAAUUCGGCUGAUCUUCUACAUUAAGUUCUUUAAGUUCUUUCUGUAAAAACAUCAUGUCUGUCUGUUUAAGUAACAUACAUGUUUGCAUGUGCCAGAUAUCACAAUUAUUCCGCACAUUACACUAUAUUACCCACAAUGCAACAUAACCACUGAGUGACAUCACUGGAGGCAGUCCUCUAGAGCCACAGAAAGCUUUUUCUUACCCUUAACUCAUUUUUGACUGGAUACAGUUCUGUUCUUUCUUUAAAGUUUCUCCCUCUGAUCAGUUUCAGUGCAGUUACAAAGAGGACUAAGAAUGCAGCCUCCUCUCUCUCUGUGCCUUCUAACAGCAGCUCUCAACCUUUUUGUUUUGCAUCCCUCCACAACCAAAGUGAGCUGCAACAACUUUAAAUAAACACCAAAGGAGUCAGUUUUAAGAGAAGUAAUCCGGUCGCUCAGCAGGGGGUCUGAGAGCUGCUGCUGCCUCCACAGUGACGCUGCGAUGACGUUUGUCCACAGCAGUACGUAAACCAGUCAUAAGCUGUUUCAACUGCAGUCGUCUUGUUUUAAUGUGACGCUGUAAAAUGUGAGUUUUAUUCUGAAAGGUAGCAAAGAAAUGCUGUUUGUAGCUUGAACAACUUUGAUCUUUCAGGUUUUUAUAGAUUUGAGUGUCAGUAAAUGAAUCAUAAUGUGACUGUGGACAUUAAACUGAGCAGCCAGUACAAACGCUUCCUCAUGAAAACUGUUGUGUUGUAAACCUGUUCUGUUGUCUUUUUCUAUGAUGUAUUUUUUAC